UCAGACAGACACAAUGAGACUUUGGCAUGAGACUUUGGCUACCUGUCAUAGCGGCGUAUGAUGGAGUCGGUGGAAGGUGUUCAUUGAAAUACACUGUACCUACAACUCUUAACACCAAGAAACGACCACUAUGGCAACUGUCGACGACCAAUAAGGAACGGACCACUACUUGCCACUGACUACUAUGAUUUAUGGUAGCGUGUAAAAUGUUGUCAAGGAUGGGAUUUCACUGAACCAAAGUUCCGACGGAGGAGUGCUGGGAGUUGUCACUCUGGCAUGUGUCUCUGGUGUCAUGAUGGUCAGGCUACACGUAUGUGGCAGGAUGAAAGUACGACGCGUCAAGGUGCUGCUGCUCCUCUCUGCGGGUCUGUGCGUGGUGUCCUUCCUGCACUUCUACAAGACCCUUCACCACAUCUCUCUGUUCAAAGAGCUGUCCAGCUCCCAGGCAAAGCACUUGGCUGCUCUGGGCAACAUCAUCUGGGAAAAGAACUUGGUUGGAGGACUGAGCAUCUCUAAAUUGGGGGGUCAAGGUCAGAGCUUUAUGGUGUGGAGGCCGAAUGCCGAGAAGGAUGACACAGAGGAGGAGGAUUUGGCGAUGUAUAAACCAUUGCCUCCAAAACCACCUGGGCCCAUGGGUGAUCUUCACCUUCACACUUUCCAACUCCAAGAUGACACCACAAGUUACUUUGUGAGGACCAGAUCUGGGGGAAUGUGCUUCCGGAAAGGAACAAAACUAUCCACCAAGGAAAGUUUAGUAGAGAACCAACCCAAGGAAAUCAAUACAAACCAGCGAGCUCUUCUCAGUGUGCAAUCUACUGAUCCUGCACAGAAUUCAUCUGUUGUUAAAAGGUUAGUGAAGUGCAGAUGUCUUCAAGGUUGGCACGGCGACCACUGUGGAGUCCCAACUGUGGUUCAGCAUUCGAACCUGCCCACAAAGAGCAGAUUGGUGCCACGAGAAGUGCCACGUCGAAUCAUCAACGCCAUCAACAUCAACCACGAGAUCGAUCUGCUCCACGCCCGCUUCCGCGAGCUGGUUGAUGUGGUGGACGUCUUCCUGGUCUGUGAGUCCAACUUCACUGCAUACGGCACUCCCCGGAAUCUGCUGUUCUUUGAGCAUCUGAUGAACGGAACCUUUGACUACGUGCGGCAUAAGAUACUCUACAUCUUCCUUGACCAUUUCCCCAAGGGCGGCAAGCAGAACGGUUGGAUCGCUGACGACUACCUGCGCACGUACCUCUCGAAGAAUGGCCUGUCCCGCGUGCGUGGUGCGCGGCCGGACGACGUCUUCAUCAUCAACGACGCAGACGAGAUUCCAGUGUGGGAGGGCAUUGUCUUCCUCAAGCUCUUCGACGGCUGGACGGAACCGUUCGGGCUGCACCUGCGCAAGUCCAUCUAUGGGUUCUUCUGGAAGCAGCUGGGCACCUUGGACGUGUUGUUUGGCUGCACUGUCAGGAUGCUCUUCGAUGUUUAUAAAGGCAACGGGCUGUACUUGCGACGACGUGAGUACUACUCCAUGCCCGGUUUCCGCACCUACGAAAACAACACUGGCCAUAUUUUGGUACCCUGGUCGAUCGGCAGUCCGGUUCACUAUGCUGGCUGGCACUGUUCCUGGUGCUUCAAGCCCGAGGGCAUCUACUACAAGCUCGUCUCGGCGCAAAAUGGUGACUUCCCGCGGUGGGGCGACUUUGCGGAGAAACGCAAGCUCAGCUACAUCCGUGAGUUGGUAAGAACUGGGGGCUGGUUCGAUGGGUCAGUGGGACACUACCCACCCACAGACCCCAAAGAACACAUGUAUGCUCCCAAAUACUUUUUGGACAAUUAUGACCAGUAUGAGUACUUGCUUAGGAACCUCUACACAAAGACUGAACCUGAAAAGUGAGUGACUGAGCAGACAGGCAAAAUCAUGCACUGUGCCUUUGGAAUUUGGGGAAUGAUUUGACUGCCUGUAUCAAUAUUCUUUAUUUUGCUAAAUUGAUUCGCAGCUUAGUCAAUGAAGGAUUAAGCUAUGCUGUUAUGAAAAUGAUUCUCAGGUUGGUCCACAUAUCCAGAAAGUAGUUUAGUAAUUAGCAAUUUUUCUGUGUAAGGGCUUAAACUCUAAAUCAGUCAGAAUGGAGGCUGGAACACUAUAACAACAGCAAGGGGUUGUUCCGUACGCUGUGUCCAUUUCGGGGCCAAGAGGCCCAGGCUUGAAUCAAAGAGGCCUGAAUCCGAGGCCUGUUUCUCAGUAACCGAUCGGCCCAGCAUCUGGAGAUCAAUUGGCAGCUUUCUGAGCUGCACCCAUCCACCAGUGUGGUCUUUCACCUCUAGCCACUGUGCUACCGGUGAGCUGUGUCCGAUUUUUUUUUGUCCUUUUCAGCCAGCCAAUUGAGAAUCAUGGCUAGCAGCCAAACUCAAAGGGCCAUGCUGGCCCUGACUCAAUCCCCAGCACAACGGUGCUCCUGUAGUGCUAUGAUACCAGAGAUAGUCUCAUAGAAGCGGCUUUGAAACCCAAUCAGUGGCCAGGAGCUGUAAACAGGGAAAUACAGGGACUAAGUGAGUGAGGAGAAGGAGCCUAUAGGGAAUAGGGUCUCCCCCCCCUACACACACACAGGGAAUACCCACAGACACACACACACACACACACACACACACACACACACACACACACACUGUCCCCACCCCUCCAGCCCCAUCUUCACCCCACCUCACAUACCUAUUCCCAUUUCCCAUACAGCAUCUUAUUGCCAAGUACUGCUGGACUGACCUUCUCUGGUAACGAGAAAUACUGGACUUAAGGAGCUGAGGUUGCCCUGACAUUAGUUGUCAUUGUGCAAACAAAGAAGGAAGAUGGGUUGGCCUGAUAAAUGCAUAUGCAAAUGUGUGAGCAUAUGCGUACAGGUGAGCAAGUGAUGGAAAAAGCAAUAAUUUCUGUGUUUUAUAGCACUACAAAGCACAGAGAGGGAUAGACAGAUGUACUGUAGGGACAAAGACAGGUUACAGAUGAAUAGAAAGGGGUGUGGCAUGUUUUUAAUAGUUUACCUGAGGCCAUUCAGUGGCAGGGCAUUCUAUUUGAGUAAGCAAUAUAUAGAUCAAAACCAAAAGGACACUGUCUGCCUAUUUAAAAGAACACACCAGCAUUUUGAGGAGAGUUAAGAGGAUGCAUACCUGUCAACAUGCAAUAGCCUUGUCUGAAACGGUGUAGCAUGUCUAGCUUAGCAUAAUCCACUGGAAGUAAGUUGCUCUUAGUUCAGCUUUCAAGCCCUCUGUCUUUUUGGGGCAUUUGUCUACUUUUUUUGUCAAGUGCCCCACAGCAAACAAUGCUCAUACAAGGGCUCCACAGCAAACAAUGGUUAGAAGAACUCUUGGGUGAACUAGAAAAGCACUCAGAGAGCGCAGACCUCCGCCUGUAUUGUUCCUCUAAGUAAGCUAACAGGAUACAACUCAUAAAUAACGUUAUGCGCUCCAAUAUAAUGUCCAUGAAAAGCCUGCUUUACCUCUUUAUAGUCCUUUAGUUUGGCUUCUGCCAUUCUUAAGCGUGCAAAUGUUUUUAUCCAUGUGGGCCACAAACUUUGUUUUGUUAUUAGCUUAGAAUACUUCCUCCUUGGUUGUCAUACAUUUUAACCUAAACUAUUCAGAGCGCCACUGGCCAUACCAUGCCAUUACACCAGCAAAAACCAUGAACGCCAGCCAUUACUUUUUGAGUUAUCUUGCUAACAGACAGACAGACAGGCAGAACGACAGACAAACAGACAGACGCCGGUCCCUGGUGAAAACAACCUCCUUGGCGGAGGUAAUAAGCAAGUAAACUUUCCCAAAAUGUUGCAGUUUUCCUAUAAAGAAACAUGCUAUUUCCUACACUUGUAGUCAUAUUGAAUGUUUACUGUAAAAUGCACAGAACAGCAAUUGAAACAUGGAUGCCUUGCACUAUAGGAAUAUAAGCCAUGGUCACAGAAUGUAAUUAAAGAAACACUAUAACAGGGACUCUUCUUGAAUUUUCAAAAUGAAAACCAUUUAUCAUUAAUGUAUGUGGAUGUGUGAAGGAAUACUUGGGGGCUAGUAGUAAAAUCUCUACUAUUUAAAAGGUUUUAAAAUGUUUUGUUGUGUAUACUACUGUUUAUAUACAGUAUGUAUGUUGGUAUUGUGACUGUGAGACUGUUUGUGGGAUUGUAUGAGAGUGUGUAUGUUUGACAGACAAUAAAAUGUUGUGUUGAAAAGU